CUCUCUGUGCAACGAAACCAGAGAAAAGAAGGGUAGAGAAAAAAGCCAAAGCCGAAGCCCACCUGUUCUUCUUCAACGCUUCUCUCUCUCUCUUGAUCAUCCACCCAAAACCCUAUUUCUCGCACACUGCGCGCAGAGUCACAGGCACACGAACACGCACACACGAAUACACUUCACUGCUCCCUCCUCAGCUCAGCUUUCUGUUUUUCUCUCGCUCGGCAUUUCUGGGUUUCCCAUCUUUCCCAUCCCCGGCUUCGUUUCUUUAAAUGGGCACUUGAAUUUCAUUCCUUUUCUGGAUAUAAUUCCGACCCAGUAUCAUUAACAUUACCGAUUGCUCAAAUUCCGAGCUUUUGCGAGAAGAUAAGGAAAAAAAGAAAAGGCCGGUUGUUCUUGUAAUCUCCUCGUACAUUGUCCAAGUUUUUCCCUUUAUUGGUUCGUUAAAGAAAAAAAAAAGGAGGGGAGGAGGAAGGAAGAUCAAGAGAGCGCUCGUGGGUUUUUUGUGGGUCUGAUUCUAUGGCUGCGGUUGCUGAGAUUUCCAAUGAAGCAGCGGUUGCUAAUAAGAGGUUGGAUUCGAAACCGAAUUCGAAGCCGGAAUCGGAAUUCACCAUGCAGAAUUUGGUCGAUAUGUUCACAAAGUUGAACCCUUUGGCUAAGGAGUUUAUCCCUUCGUAUUACUCCCAAGCUCUUGAUCAUCAGCAUCAGCAGCAGCAGCCGCACCUUCAUUUCCAGCAGAAUGGCAGCUUCCUGAUCAGCGAUUUCCCAGCUGCCGAGAAGAAUAUCUCCGAGAACAACUUGGCGAAUAAUAGGAGGAGAAGAAAUAGCUUCAACCAAGGCAGAAGAAGGUUCAAUGGACGGUCUUUUAGAGCUCAAAGGGAAGAUAGUGUCAGACGGACGGUAUACGUUUCUGACAUCGAUCAGCAUGUCACUGAAGAGCAGCUGGCUACCCUAUUUAGUAAUUGCGGACAAGUUCUUGAUUGCCGAAUUUGUGGCGAUCCACAUUCAGUUCUUCGAUUUGCCUUUGUUGAAUUUGCGGAUGAAUAUGAUGCAAGAGCAGCUUUGAACCUCGGUGGGACAAUGUUAGGAUACUAUCCAGUGAGGGUUUUACCAUCAAAGACAGCUAUACUUCCUGUAAAUCCAAAUUAUCUCCCAAGGUCAGAGGAUGAACGAGAAAUGUGUACAAGGACAGUUUAUUGCACAAAUAUUGAUAAAAAGGUUUCUCAAGCUGAAGUCAAAAAUUUCUUCGAAGUAGCCUGUGGUGAGGUCACUCGCUUGAGGCUUCUAGGGGACCAUGUGCACUCUACUCGCAUUGCUUUUGUUGAAUUUGCUAGGGCUGAAAGUGCCAUUGUUGCUUUAAAUUGCAGUGGAAUGGUCUUGGGAUCUCAGCCCAUCAGGGUAAGUCCUUCAAAGACACCAGUGAGGCCGCGGGUUACUCGCCCACCAAUGAGUUGAUAUUGAGUGGAGCUUUGAGGAGUCUGCGUCAAAUUUGGCUACUGAACAGUUGAGAGGAACUUUGUUGGGACAAAGAGGUUGUUGAACUUUGAAUUUUCCUCUUUUUCAUUAUUCUCAUCUUGAUCUGUCGCAGCUGCAACAUUUUCUGUGACCGAAAAUGCCUUGACCCCCUCUCAGUUUCACUUUUUGGAGGACCGAUCUCAAUCUUUGAGGUUCUUUAACCUAUUUAAUCAUUAAUCACUAUCGUAUGAUGAUUUCGUUUCAA